AUGAACAAAACUCACCCCCAGAGAAAUGGUGAUGUAGCUACUUUGGAUUCAACAAAGUCCUUCUCUGGAGAAAGAGCAGACGGCUGCCAGCCACGCAGCGCCCGCGCGGGCUGCACGCGGAGGCACGUCUGCGUCUCUGCCGCGGCACUGCUCGUCCUCGCUGCCGCCGUGGGUUUGGCGGUGGCACUGGGACUCCUGCUACGCCCGCCAGUGAACCGCUUCUGUGCAGCCUCCAAUAACCGGACAGGCUUUUUGUGCGACAACAGAGCGACCUGCAUCCCGGCCAGCCAGGUCUGUGACAGAGUCAGCAACUGCAGGAGCGGAGAGGAUGAGCAGGAGAAACUCUGCGGUGACUUGCCCCACAGCCUUCCAGGAUACCUGGUUUUCCGCUGCAGUAACCCCGCAUACUGGGUCUAUGCCGAUCAGAGGUGUAACGGGAUGAACGACUGCGGAGACUGCUCGGACGAGAUGGGGAGCUUGGCCGCCUGCCCCCUGUGCGGGUCGGAGUGGUGGAGCUGCAGCCCUGUGCUCUACGAGUACUGCUCCUGCAUCCCCAGGAGGCUGUGCCGGGACGGCGUCCAGCACUGCCUCAGCUGGUCCGAUGAGUAUAUCUGCAGACCGUGA